UGUUUUAACUCUGGGGCUUCAUUUAGCGAUCGUGUCAUAAGCUGCAGGCGUAGAUUAAUUGCAGGGCUACUCUUGCUUCUUUUGGUUACUCUCCGGUCGCCUGGGGAAUAUUUAUAACUUCCCGUGUGGCCCUUCUAUUCCCGCCAUCACGGUUCUCUUGUUGGUGCUUUUCUUGAUCUUCUUUCUGGCUAUCCCCUCUUCAUCUCUCCUCCCUCUGCCAACGCCCAAGAGAAAUCCUGCCGUGAUAUCAUCGACAGAGAGACACAGCAACGAUGGCCAUCAUCAAGGCGGCCGACGGGACGGCGGACCCGAUCCUAACCAACCUGGUCAGCGAGGACAAGGUACGGUUCUGGAAGAAGCCGAAUCUGCGCAGAAUGUACUUUUUCCUGUUCUUGUGCUGCAUGGGCGUUGAGAUGACCUCUGGUUUCGACUCUCAACUUAUCAACACCAUGUUGUUUACCGAGCCAUAUCUUUUGUACUUUGGCAACGGCUGGAGAAACAAUGACGGCAAGCUCGGAAUUGAGCCCAACCUCCUGGGCAUCAUGAACGCGUCUUACAAUCUGGGUUCAAUUCUCGGUGUGCCCCUCGCUCCUUGGUUCAGCUACAAGUACGGACGACGGUGGUCCAUCAUGGCCGGUUCAAUCAUCAUGAUCAUCGGUGCCAUAAUCCAGGCCUUUGCUCAGCACGCCGCCAUGUACAUCAUUGCCCGCAUCAUUCUGGGCAUUGGUAUCGUGUUUGCCAUUAUUGCUGGUGCUGCCAUGAUCGGUGAGCUGGCGUAUCCCAAGGAGCGUGCCAUGCUCACGUCGCUUUUCAACGCAUCUUGGUUCAUCGGUGCCAUUGUUGCCUCGGCGGCCGCGAUCGAGACGGUCAACAUCAAGGGAGAGUGGGCAUGGCGCCUGCCCAGCAUCCUUCAGAUCUGUCCGUCACUGCUUCAAAUUUGCACCGUCUUCUUCCUGCCCGAAUCUCCCCGUUACCUUAUCAGUCAGGACCGUGACGACGAGGCCUUUGAGAUCCUGACCAAGUACCACGCCGAGGGUGAUGCCACCUCGCCAAUCGUCCAGGCCGAGAUGGCCCAGAUCCGCACCACCAUCAAGCUCGAGAUGGAGAAUGCCAAGCAGUCGUGGGCCGACGUUCUCAAGACGGCCGGCAUGCGUCGCCGCUUCUUCAUCACCAUCUUCAUCGGUCUCUUCACACAAAUGUCGGGCAACACGCUGCUGUCAUACUACUCGUCACUCCUUUACGACCUGAUGGGCUACACCGAGACCUCAGUCAAGACGCGCAUCAACAUCGCUGACAAGUGCUGGGGUCUUAUCAACGCUGUCACCCUCGCCCUGAUUGUGGUCCGCUUCCCGCGUCGCCGCAUGUAUAUGCUCUCAGCAGGCAGUAUGCUCUGCGUGUUCAUCGCCAUGACCAUUUGCUUCUACUACCUGCGACAAGCCACGAAUGCGGGGAUUAGGAAUUAUCCCGCCGGCGUUGCGGCCCUCUUCUUCUUUUUUUCCUACGGACCCUGCUACAACAUGGGAAACAACGCCCUGACCUACACGUACCUGGUAGAGUUGUGGCCCUAUGCCCAGCGUUCCCGUGGUAUCGGUGUCCAGCAGAUCUUUGGCAAGGCCGGUGGUUUCUUCUCGACCUACGUCAACCCCAUCGCAAUCAACGCCCUCGACUGGCGUUACUUUGCCAUCUACUGCGGGUGGAUUGCCUUUGAGUUCAUCUUUAUCUACCUGAUGUACCCCGAGACAUACGGCCGGACGUUGGAGGAGCUGAGCUUCCUGUUCGAAGGCAAGGAGUACACCGAUCAGGCCAACGCCGCCGUCCAGAAGCAGCUCCAGUCGGAUGUUACUACUGUGCCCAAGGAGGAGAAGGUUUAAUUCGUGGUUCUACUUGGAGGUUCAAGGCCUAGAUGACAAUAUUUGUUGCCGCAAUGAUGCUAGUGUUUGGAUUGUAUGGCUUGCGAGAAUCAAAUGAUUAUUUGCUCCCUGCAAAUAUCAUAACUUUCUUAUCUUGUUUGCCUAAUUAAGCAAAAGUUGAUUGCCAAUGUGUGCAUGACAUGUGCUUGUUUUAUCUUAGUAAUUUAUCUGUGGCGAGUUCCCCG